GAUAUUCUACGUGGUUUAUUACCUGAAAAGAAUUUAGUGGCAGAUGCCAUGGUUUGGUGUGCAGAGCAUGCAUCUUGUGCAAAAGAAAUAUCACAGUGUCUUUUGGAAUCAUUGGCUAUCGAUGAGACUCCUUUGCAUAAAAAGAUAGCACGUUUAUAUUUAAUCGCAGAUAUAUUAGCGAAUUGUGCAGCUCGUGUUCGUGAUGUGUUUUAUUACAGACAAUAUAUUGGUGACUUAAUGCCGGACAUUUUCAAGGUUUUUAAAUUUACUGGACUUGAUUUUAUCUAG